AUGCGCGGCCGAGGGAAGGCGCGCAGCUCGCGGGCCCUGGCAGUGAGCUGGCGCCCGGCGACCUGGCACCCGCGCCUGGAUAUGGGGCGUCUACAUCGUCCCAGGAGCAGCACCGGCCACAGGAAUCUGCCGCAUCUGUUUCUGUUUUUCCUCUUCGUGGGACCCUUCGACUGCCUCGCGAGUUACAGCCGGGCCACCGAGCUGCUGUACAGUCUGAACGAGGGACUGCCCGCGGGGGUGCUCAUUGGCAGCCUGGCCGAGGACCUGCGGCUGGUGCCCCGGGCUGCAGGGAGGCAGGACCAGCAGUCGCGGCAGCCAGAGCGUGCUGGCGCUGAGUGGAACCCCCCUCUGUCCUUCAGCCUGGCCUCCCGGGGACCGAGCGGCCAGUACGUGACCCUGGACAACCGCUCUGGGGAGCUGCACACUUCUACCCAGGAGAUCGACAGGGAGGCCUUGUGUCUUGAAGGGGGUGGAGGGGCUGCCUGGGGCGGCAGCAUUUCCGUCUCCUCCUCUUCUUCCUCUGACUCUUGCCUUUUGCUUCUGGAUGUGCUGGUCCUGCCUCAGGAAUACUUUAGGUUUGUGAAGGUGAAAAUCGCCAUCAGGGACAUCAAUGACAAUGCUCCUCAGUUCCCCGUUUCCCAAAUCUCGGUUUGGGUCCCGGAGAAUGCACCUGUAAACACCCGGUUGGCCAUAGAGCAUCCUGCGGUGGACCCAGAUGUAGGCACCAAUGGGGUGCAGACCUAUCGCUUACUGGACUACCAUGGUAUGUUCACCCUGGACGUGGAGGAGAAUGAGAAUGGGGAACGCACUCCCUACCUAAUUGUCAUGGGCGAUUUGGACAGAGAAACCCAGGAUCAGUACGUGAGUAUCAUCAUAGCUGAAGAUGGUGGGUCUCCACCACUGUUGGGCAGCGCCACCCUUACCAUUGGCAUAAGUGACAUUAAUGACAAUUGCCCUCUCUUUGUAGACUCACAAAUCAACGUCACUGUGUAUGGGAAUGCUACAGUCGGCACCCCGAUUGCAGCUGUCCAGGCUGUGGAUAGAGAUUUGGGGACGAAUGCUCAGAUCACCUAUUCUUACAGCCAGAAAGUUCCACAAGAAUCCAAGGAUUUAUUCCAUCUGGACGAAACCACAGGUGUAAUUAAACUUUUCAGUAAAAUUGGGGGAAAUGUCCUACAAACGCAUAAGCUCACCAUCCUUGCUAAUGGACCAGGCUGUAUUCCUGCUGUAAUCACUGCUCUGGUGUCCAUUAUCAAAGUCGUUUUCAGACCACCUGAAAUUGUCCCUCGUUAUAUAGCAAAUGAGAUAGAUGGUGUUGUUUAUCUGAAAGAACUGGAACCUGUUAACACUCCAAUUGCAUUUUUCACUAUAAGGGACCCAGAAGAUAAAUACAAAGUUAACUGCUACCUGGAUGGGGAAGGUCCAUUUAGGUUAUCACCUUACAAACCAUACAAUAAUGAAUAUUUGCUAGAGACCACAAAACCUAUGGACUAUGAGCUACAGCAGUCCUAUGAAAUGGCUGUGGUAGCCUGGAACUCCGAGGGAUUUCAUGUCAAAAGAAUCAUUAAAGUGCAACUUUUAGAUGACAAUGAUAAUGCUCCUAUUUUCCUUCAACCCUUGAUAGAACUAACCAUUGAAGAAAACAAUGCACCCAAUGCCUUUUUGACUAAGCUGCAUGCUACAGACGCUGACAGUGGAGAGAGAGGCCAAGUGUUGUAUUUUCUGGGACCUGAUGCUCCAUCAUAUUUUUCCUUAGACAGUGUCACAGGAAUUCUGACAGUUUCAACUCAGCUUGACCGAGAAGAGAAAGAAAAGUACAGGUAUACAGUCAGAGCUGUUGACUGUGGGAAGCCACCCAAAGAAUCAGUAGCCACUGUGGCUCUCACAGUGCUGGAUAAAAAUGACAACAGCCCUAGGUUUAUCAACAAGGACUUCAGUUUUUUUGUGCCAGAAAACUUUCCAGGAUAUGGUGAAAUUGGAGUAAUUAGUGUAACAGAUGCUGAUGCUGGGCGAAAUGGAUGGGUUGCCCUCUCGGUUGUGAACCAGAGUGAUAUUUUUGUCAUAGACACGGGAAAGGGCAUGUUGAGAGCUAAAGUCUCUUUGGACAGAGAGCAGCAAAGCUCCUAUACUUUAUGGGUUGAAGCUGUUGAUGGAGGUGAGCCUGCCCUCUCCUCUACUGCAAAAAUCACAAUUCUCCUUCUAGAUAUCAAUGACAACCCUCCUCUUGUUUUAUUUCCUCAGUCAAAUAUGUCUUAUCUGUUGGUAUUGCCUUCUACUCUCCCUGGCUCCCCGGUUACAGAGGUCUAUGCUGUUGACAAAGACACAGGCAUGAAUGCUGUCAUAGCUUACAGCAUCAUAGGAAGAAGAGGUCCUAGGCCUGAGUCCUUUAGGAUUGACCCUAAAACUGGCAACAUUACCUUGGAAGAAGCAUUGCUACAGACGCAUUAUGGACUUCAUCGCUUACUGGUCAAAGUGAGCGAUCAUGGUUAUCCUGAGCCUCUCCAUUCCACCGUCAUGGUGAACCUAUUUGUCAAUGAUACUGUCAGUAAUGAGAGCUACAUUGAGAGUCUUUUAAGAAAGGAGCCAGAAAUUAAUAUAGAGGAGAAAGAACCUCAAAUUUCAAUAGAACCGACUCAAAGGAAGGUAGAAUCUGUGUCCUGUAUGCCCACCUUAGUAGCUCUGUCUGUGAUAAGCUUGGGUUCCAUCACACUUGUAACAGGAAUGGGCAUAUACAUAUGUUUAAGAAAAGGGAAAAAGCACCACAGGGAAGAUGAAAAUUUUGAAGUGCAAAUUCCACUAAAAGGAAAAAUUGACUUGAAUAUUAGAGAGAGAAAACCAAUGGAUAUUUCUAAUAUUUGA